AUCAGCCCAGUAGUACCAUUACCAACAAUACCACCCUGGAUUCUCCCAAAUGCAACAGUUGACUUGACACUCAUGGACAAGAAAAAAGACAGGAGAUUUAUUUUUAAUUCAUAUACAGUACAGGACUAUAUCAAUAACUACUAUAACUAUAUACAGAUUUAUACAGAUGCAUCAAGAACAUCAGAGAAAGUAGGAGUGUCAUAUGUCAUACCAGAAUUCAACAUAGAAGUAAGGAAAAGAAUCACAAAUGAAGUAUCCGUGUACACAGGGGAGAUGUUGGCAGUAUUAUUGGCAGUGCAGUGGGUGGAAGAAACAAGACCGUUAAAAACAAUCAUUUGUUCAGACUCAAGCUCAACACUCAUCAGUUUACAAAAUAGUCAUUCAGAUAGCCGACCGGACAUUUUACUAGAAUUACAACAAACUUUAUUCAGAAUACAAAUGAUGGGACUGACAGUGAUAUUUUUAUGGACACCAGCACAUAUAGGGAUCAGAGGAAAUGAAGCAGCAGACAGGGCAGCAAAAGCAGCAACAAAAGAUCAAAUCAACUUCACAAUAUCUAUCAGCAAAUCAGAAGUAAGAACUAUAGUGAAACAAAAACUAAAGGGAAAAUGGCAAAAACAAUGGGAAGAAGAGCACAAAGGAAGAUGGUACUACAGAAUUCAGAGACAAGUGGGAGAAAUGAGAAGAGGAGGGAGGAACAGAAGAGAAGAAAGACUAAUAACCAGAUUAAGAUUUGGACACACCAGCCUUAACAAUACACUACACAAUAUUCAAAAACAUGAUACAGGACAAUGUGAACACUGUGGACAGGAGGAAACAAUAGAACAUGUCAUUUUGGUCUGUCAGAAAUAUGAACAUCACAGAAGGCGCAUGAUAGAACAAUUAGGGAAAAUCAAAGAAACAUUUAGUAUAAUAAAUAUAUUACAAAAGGAAAUAACAAGUAAAAGUAUUCGAAUCAUUAUACAUUUUUUUAGAAACACAAAAUUAGAAAAGAGAAUAUAAACAUGUAGACAUAAAGCCAUUUUGAUCCACACUCCAUACCAGUAGGUGGCGGUAAUGCACACCUUCCGUUGUUUGCCAACCGCCAUAAAACUCCAUUA